AUGGUCAACUCCGCUGGUCUGGUGAUCUGCAACAGAGGAAAAGAGAGCACACACAACAAAGGUUCAAUCAUCGACAUAACGAUUGCAACCCCUCGCACGGCUCAAACCAUGAACAAGUGGAACGUACUUUACAGAGAGACGCUGAGAGAUCAUUACUACAUCCUGUUCGAAAUCACAGUCGGACUACCAACCACCGAGACACGCAGAAAACUCAAGAUCGAUGCCAAGAAACUAGAAACGCUCCUAAAAUCAGAUUACCUAUCCCAAACCAUGAACAGGUACACAGAAGCAAACCAGGGGGCGCUGGCGCUCUCGGAAGCCAUAAACAAAUGUCGUCCACCAGGCCAAAGCAGAGCGAAGGACAGGAAAUCCAUGCAAUGGUGGAGCCCAGAAAUAAACACACUACGAAAGAACGCAAACCACCUACGAAGAGCCUUAAAGCGAAAAAGAAAGAAACACGGCCAAGCAGGCAGUGCCGAAGAAGAAGAAAACGCCAAAGCAGCUAGAAGGGAUCUCGCACAUGCCAUAGAGAGAGCAAAAGAGUCGGCAUGGAGAAGUUAUACAUAUACUAUACAAUUCUAA